CUGCGGCAGCCAUCGCGCUGUGGUUUUCGGGCUCGGAGGUUGUAGGGUCCAGGCCGACCCAGGAAUUACGUUCUCUCCAGUCUCAGAACCUAUAAGAUUUGGAUAUGUCCUUCAUAUUUGACUGGAUUUACAGUGGUUUCAGCAGUGUGCUACAGUUUUUAGGAUUAUAUAAGAAAACUGGUAAAUUGGUAUUUCUUGGAUUGGAUAAUGCAGGAAAAACAACACUGCUACACAUGCUAAAAGAUGACAGACUUGGACAACAUGUCCCAACGUUACAUCCCACUUCUGAAGAACUGACUAUUGCUGGCAUGACUUUUACAACUUUUGAUCUGGGUGGCCAUGUUCAAGCUCGAAGAGUGUGGAAAAACUACCUUCCUGCUAUCAAUGGCAUUGUAUUUCUGGUGGAUUGUGCAGACCAUGAAAGGCUGUUAGAAUCAAAAGAAGAACUUGAUUCAUUAAUGACAGAUGAAACUAUUGCUAAUGUGCCUAUCUUGAUUCUUGGGAAUAAGAUUGACAGACCUGAAGCCAUUGGUGAAGAGAGGUUACGAGAGAUGUUUGGUUUAUAUGGUCAGACAACAGGAAAGGGUAAUGUAUCUCUGAAAGAACUGAAUGCCCGACCCUUAGAAGUUUUCAUGUGCAGUGUGCUCAAAAGACAAGGCUACGGAGAAGGCUUCCGCUGGAUGGCACAGUACAUCGAUUAACACCAACCUGUGUCUGUUCCAGGUCUCACCAUUCAGACCUACUCAGAGAUUUGAUCACUCAGCAUAUAUAACUUGAAUUCAAUAGACUUUUGUUGGUUAUAAAACAGAUGUUUUUUAGAUUAUUAAUAUUCUAUCAACUUAAUUUAAAUGAGAAUUAAAAAUUGAUUCAAGUAAGUUUGAAUAUCACAAUGUUAGCUUUCUAAUUCUGUAAAAAUAGUUUUUACAGUUUAUAAUCUGACAUUACCCUCAGCACUAUUUAUAAAGAGCAACUUUCCAGCAGUACAUUUGAAGCACUUUUUAACAACAUGAAACUACAAGUACAAACCAUAUUUAAAAGCUCAUCAUGUUAAAUUUUUUAUGUAUUUUUUCGAACUAGUUUUUAAAUUUUAGAUUAUAUGUCCACCUAUCUUUAGUGUACAGUUACUAAUUAGCUUAUCAAUGAUUGCAUGAUGCCUUACAGUUUUCAAUAAUAUUUUUUCUUAUGCAAACGUCAUGCAAUAAAACAAACUCUGAUGUUUGGCAUAAUCAUUGAGCCAAUGUUUCAUUUUAAUGUGUCUUACCUAGCUAGAAUACACUGAAAUUUUGAGUAUUUAUCAUUAUAUAUAUGAGGGGUUAAUGGGAAAGGAGAUUGCUUCAGAGUAUUUAGAAUAAUCUUUAAGCCUCUAGAGGCUUUUGCAUUUAUCAGGAGCACAGUUGUGGUUGGUUGCGCCUGAUACCAUGUUUAUCUCUGAAUCGUGUAUUUUUAUCAGUAAUGCUAUCUUUACCAGUGCUGACGGGUCCAUGUCUUAGUCCCUGUGUUACUGACCUUCCAAAGAAAAGCACUUCUGAUAUAGCACAGAAUGAGCCUUGGUUUGGUUGGCUCUACAACUCCAUCCCAGUUGUCUGAUUCUGAAAUGUUGCAAUCUUGUUGGUGUCUGAUUUUGUAAUCAAAGCGCCUCUUCACCAAAAAUAGUGACAGGCACCAUCUCUCCACUUCUAGAGGUACUGCCCAGUCCUUUACAUAUAAUGGUACUCCUAGGGCAAGCAACAAAGUGGGGUCUUGUACACAGUUUCAUUGUGGAGGCCUGCAAAUCUGGGGAAAAAGAAACUGCUUGUUCUGAUUCAGUUGUCACUGAAGUGCGUCGGGAUUUUGUUCCUCUCCUGUAGCUCUUUUGCAUUCUUUAGCAUAUUUUAUUUCUUGGGAAGAAGAAAAUGAAUGCUUGUUUUUAAUUUUCUUCUUUCUUAGUUGUUCUCAGAUAGCUUUUACUUUAUAGCACAAAGGUUUCUAAAUAUAAUGCUUGCCAUGAUAUUUCUGCAAGCCUCGCUUGCUAGACUUAUGGAUAAAAUUUCAGCUUGUUUUUUAAAGCAUUAUAAUUUCCUAAAAACAUAGUUAUUUUUUCCAAAUGUCUGAGAUUCCCAUAGUUAGUAAGAUAAAGUAAAAGGUAAGUGCCAAAUGAGUAUUUUUGAAGAUUCUCAAGUUUAAGAUUUCUCUCUUUGUUACA